AAAUUGUUCUUGAUAUCCCUUCCAGUUGUAUGUGCAGGAUGUACAACAGUACAUCAAAUAAAAAGCAAAGACCUUCUACUAGCUAUUUGGUUAGACCGAGGCUGGGUCCUGCAAGGAGUCUAUUUUCAUCAAAACCCAUGAUGUCUUCGAUUAGUCAAGAUAAAAAGAAGAGAUCUAAAAAGUAUAGCGGUGGAAAAAUGGAUUUUCGGAAAAGACCAGAUUAUGCUGAUACAGCAUAUCGUGAAGCCGUUGGUAGACUUCGCAUUUUACUCGCAGAAAGUUAUACUCCUAUUAAAAGGCCACUAAGAGAAUUAGACAGUGCAGGAGAAGACACUGACAAUCAGUCUUUGAUUAGUGCUGGCAGCAGGACUUCCAAGAUUGCAACUCGCCCUUAUUAUCAAUAUCUCAGCAUGCUUCCUAAAAGAUAUUAUUAUCCAUCGAUUCGGCCGACAAGUAUCAUGCCCGCCGACACAGAAAAACAUAAUUCAAGUGCAGCCAAACUUGAAAAUAAUUCUGCACCACCAGAACUGAUGUCUUUUAUUGAAAAACAGGAGGACUACAUUGAACAGUUGGAAAAAGAAUCUAGAUUUUGUAGAGAAGAACUUUCGUCUUUAUUAAGUAAAGUUAAAGAUGUAAUAAGUGAAAAUGAAAACUUGCAUGAAAAACAGAAAUCCAACAUAAUGAAAUCAGUUUUUAAUCAUUUGGAAACGGAAACUGAAACCGAAACGGACAUAGAUUUGUCACAAAAGGUAUCUUUGUCCCCAAAAAAAGCAAAAAAGCAUAAAAUAUUAGAGGGACCGACAAUUGUUUUUGAAUCAAGAAUCUCAGAAUUAGAAGCGCAACUUACACAAGCCAAAAUUGACUUGAGAAAGGCCUUGGAAAAUAAUGAAAAUUACAAAAAGAAAAUUGCAGAUGGAAGUAUUUUCGACGGACUAGGAUUUGAACACUAUAAAAAACAAAUUGACACUUUACAGAGAGAAAAGGAUAUAUUGCAAGAAACUGUUACCAAACUUCAAAGUGCCUUAUCCAAAAUCAGAGACAAAGAAAAUGACACCUGCGAUCAAGUGAAAAGAAGUUUAGACGCUGCAGAACAAGCACAUUAUGAAAAAAAUGCUGCAGAAAUUGAAAUUCGACGAUUGAAAGAUGAAUUAGAUAGACAACAUGCUAAACUGAGAGACGCUAUUUCAGAUCAGAGUCGGCGUAUAUCAGAUGAACGAAGCGCUGUUGAGCGAAGAUAUACACAACAAAUAGAACAGUUGACUACAGAAUUAGGGGUUCAGUGGGAAACUACUAAUAAACUGCAGUUAGAAUUAGAUAAGCAGCGCAGAGAAAAUGGCGAUCUCCGAAGGGAGUUAGCACAAAAACAGGCUCUACUUGAUGGAAUGAAAAAAGAUAUGCAAAAUAAAAUAAUGACUUUACAGUCUGAUAUUGGAGUUAACGGAGCCGAGAAAAGUGCAUUAGAGCAACAAAUUGCUACUUUACAAAUGGCGACCGAGAGAAACGAAAGGCAAGCAAAGCAAGAGGUUACACGUUUACAAGCCGAAAUGCAAUCUCUAAGGCAGAGAUUGGAUAGGGCAGAUGCAGAUCUCAUUCACAGCCGCAGAGAAAAUAUACGUCUCACGGAACAAGUGGCUUCGUUGGAAAAAGAGAUUAAACUAAACUCUGCUAUGAACGAAGAAAAAAAUAAACAGUCUACGGGUGGAGAAAUUCUAGCCUUACCACCACCAAAAGACCAAGAUAAACAUUUGUCGUCACUGAUACAAGAUAUGGAAUCAAAACACGCGGCCACAGUAGCCGAACUCGAAGGCAUGAUCCAUUCCCAAAAUCAACUCAUGGACAAAUUAUCGUCUGAAUGUCACACCCUAACUCAGAAAUUGGAAGACGCCAGCACAAGGCAUAAGGAGGAAAUACGGGAACUACAAACUAGCCUAAAUCGUUUAAAUAAUAGGUUGUUAAAUCAGACACAAGUUGCCCCCUCCAGUGUCAAAGACGAGGAUUACAAUACAAUUAGCGAUUCAAGAACUGCACAGUCACAAGAUACGAGAAAAAACUCAGAAGUAAAUCACCCAAAAAAUUUAAGUCGCACUAGUAGCAGAUCAUCCGUAAAACAGGAUGUAAAUUUACCCCAAAAAACGAAUGAUGAAACACCAUCAUUUUAUCAGCCUCCCCAAGAAGUUAAUCAAUCUCCAAUAAAUAAAAAUAGCAACGAACAACCUGUCGAUUUCGAUACCAGUCAAGCUUACGUUUCUGAUCUGCAAAACCCAUCAAGUACAGAACAAAAUUAUGACCAAAAAUAUGUGGCAAAUGAUUCAGACUACAUGGAACAAAAUAAUUACGAACAAGUAGCCGCAGCAAAUCCAGAACUGUACCAAGUCGAUCCGUACGGAAACGAUUCGGUACAUCAGUAUGUUACCGAUCCAAACCAGCAGUAUUCCGCAGAAUCUAAUCAGGAAUAUAGUACAGACCCUAAUCAACAAUAUUCGACUGAUAUAGGUCACGAAUAUGCAAUAGAUCAGGAACAAACACAGUAUAUACCGGAUCCCGGUUACACAGGAGAUCCUCAACAAUCGUAUGCAGAUGACCCCAAUCAGCAGCAAUAUGGUGUGGAAACUUCAGAGGAACAAUAUGUAGAUAAUAGUAAUAAUCAGUAUUCUGAUCGUCAAUUUCAGUAUUAGAAUUUGGCAUAACUAAUUGGUUGUAAUUCUUUGGAAAAUAUAUUUUAGGUGAAUUGUUUAUCAUAACAACUUCACUAAAAAUAUGUUACAAUUUUAUUUCAAAUGUUACGAGUACAUUAGUUACAUGAUUGAUAUAGAAACUUACACUAUAUUCUGAUUUAUAUGCUGUUUAAUGAUAAUUUGAUGUUCUGACAAUUGUAUUCAAGAUAACAAACAUUUAACCACUUAAGUCCUCUUAUUUACACUUCGUAUAAAAUAAUAUGUACAAGCUUUUUAGAGUUUA